AUGGCGGCAGCGACCGCUUCGUCUCCAAGGGAGCGAAAGCCUUCCACCAGUGCUCCCAUUUCCACCCUUCAGGGUCCUGUCGGACCUGGCUUCACUCGUCCCAAGCAUAAGCGUACCGCUACAGGCUUCGGAGCGAGUGACAUCAAGGCAGUCGAGUCAAGCAUUCCCGAGCAUAUGCGAGAGGCAUGGAGGAAAUAUUCCCCGUCAGGCUUCACGACAAAGGACCAGUUCGAGACCGAAAUUGUCAGGCAUAUCGAGACCACCCUGGCAAGAUCAUUGUUUAACUGCGAUGAGCUCGCGGCAUACUCGGGAACAGCUUUGGCUUUCCGAGAUCGUCUGAUCAUGGAUUGGAACAAGACUCAGCAGAGGCAGACAUUCGCCGAUCAGAAGAGAAUCUACUACUUGUCGCUCGAGUUUUUGAUGGGAAGAGCGCUUGACAAUGCUAUGCUCAAUGUGGGAUUGAAGAAUGUUGCAAAAGAGGGUCUGGCGGAUCUCGGUUUCCGCAUCGAAGACGUGAUCAAUCAAGAGCACGAUGCUGCUCUUGGAAACGGUGGUCUCGGACGACUCGCCGCAUGCUUCCUUGACAGUAUGGCAUCACUCAACUACCCAGCCUGGGGCUAUGGCCUGCGAUACCGAUACGGUAUCUUCAAGCAAGAGAUUGAGAACGGAUACCAAGUGGAAAUUCCCGAUUAUUGGUUGGACUUCAACCCUUGGGAGUUUGCCCGACACGAUGUCACUGUGGACGUCCAGUUCUACGGCUGGGUCAACAAGUACACCGAUGAUGAAGGUAAGCAGAUUGUCUCUUGGCAAGACGGCGAGAUAGUCACUGCGGUCGCCUACGAUGUACCUGUUCCAGGCUACGGAACUCCCACUGUGAACAAUCUGCGAUUGUGGUCGAGCAAAGCUUCAAGUGGAGAAUUUGACUUCUCCAAAUUCAAUUCGGGAGAAUACGAAAGCGCAGUUGCUGACCAGCAGCGCGCCGAGACCAUCUCAGCUGUGCUGUAUCCCAACGACAACCUCGAGCGAGGCAAGGAGUUGCGCCUGAAGCAACAGUACUUCUGGUGUGCUGCCUCCCUGUUCGAUAUCGUCCGUCGGUUCAAGAAGACCAAUCGCAAGUGGUCCGAAUUCCCCGAUCAGGUUGCAAUUCAACUGAACGACACCCACCCAACCCUCGCAGUCGUCGAAUUGCAGCGAAUUCUGGUGGACAAGGAGGGUUUGGAAUGGCAAACCGCUUGGGAUAUUGUGACCAAGACAUUCAGCUACACCAACCACACAGUCUUGCCCGAAGCACUGGAAAAAUGGUCUGUCCCGUUGAUUCAGAACUUGCUGCCCCGGCAUCUUCAGAUCAUUUACGAGAUCAAUCUUUCCUUCCUGCAGACAGUUGAGCGUCGGUUCCCAAAGGACCGUGAGCUUCUCGGCAGAGUCUCCCUUAUUGAAGAAUCCCAGCCAAAGACUGUUCGCAUGGCAUAUUUGGCCAUUGUGGGUUCGCACAAGGUCAACGGCGUGGCCGAAUUGCACUCAGACUUGAUCAAGACGACCAUCUUCAAGGAUUUCGUCAGAAUCUAUGGCCCUGACAAGUUUAUCAAUGUCACCAAUGGCAUCACUCCCAGACGAUGGUUACACCAGGCCAACCCUCGCCUCUCUGAGCUCAUUGCUUCGAAGCUGGGUAGCUAUGAAUUCUUGAAGGAUCUGACUCUCUUGAAUAAGCUUGAGCCAUUCGUUGAUGACAAAGAGUUCAAAAAGGAGUGGGCUGAGAUCAAAUAUGCCAAUAAGGUCCGCCUUGCCCAGCACAUCCUCAAGACAACCGGUGUGAGUGUCAACCCCAAGGCUUUGUUUGAUGUUCAAGUCAAACGUAUUCACGAAUACAAACGACAACAACUCAACGUUUUCGGUGUCAUUCAUCGCUAUCUCGCCAUCAAAUCACUGAGUUCUGAGGAGCGCAAGAAACUAGCCCCCAGAGUGACGAUCUUUGGUGGCAAGGCAGCUCCAGGCUACUGGAUGGCCAAGACCAUUAUCCAUUUGAUCAACAAGGUCGGAGAGGUCAUCAACAACGACCCUGAUGUUGGAGACCUUCUGAAGGUUAUUUUCUUGGAAGAUUAUAAUGUCAGCAAGGCUGAAAUCAUCAUUCCAGCUUCCGAUAUCAGUGAACACAUUUCUACUGCGGGUACCGAGGCCUCUGGUACAAGUAACAUGAAGUUUGUCCUCAAUGGUGGCUUGAUCAUUGGUACCCUUGAUGGUGCCAACAUUGAGAUCACCAGAGAAAUUGGCGAACAGAACGUGUUUUUGUUUGGCAAUCUUUCCGAGGAUGUUGAAGAUCUGAGACACAACCACUUCUAUGGUGAUUAUCAAGUGGACCCUGAACUUCAGAAGGUCUUUGAUCUUAUCAAAUCUGGCAAAUUCGGCGACGAAGGUUCGUUCGGCGCCCUCAUCGGCGCUAUCACUGAGCAUGGCGACUAUUACCUGGUGAGCGAUGAUUUCAACAGCUACACCAAGACACAAGAUCUCAUCGAUGAGACCUUCAAGAAUCAGGAUGAGUGGGUCACCAAAUGCAUUACGAGCGUGGCCAGAAUGGGAUUCUUCACAUCAGAUCGAUGCAUCAAUGAGUAUGCCGACACUAUCUGGAACAUUGAGCCUUUGGAUGUUGCAGAGGAAAAGCAGGUCCGAGCACGCACAGGAUUGGACUCCUAG